AUGAACUACGAAAAUCCGCCGCCCUACCCCGGCGCGGGCCCCAGCGCGCCGUACCCGCCGUACGGCCAGCAGCCCGGCGCGCCGCCGGGCCCCUACCCGGGCUACCCGCCGGGGCCGGCCGGGCCCUACCAGCCGGGCCAGCCCGGCUACCAGGCCUACCCGCAGUACGGAUGGCAGAACGCGCCGCCGCCGCCGGGACCGGUCUACGCAGAUGGGCCUAAAAACACAGUGUACGUGGUGGAGGAGCGGCGGAGGGACGACACGGGCGAGAGCGCCUGCCUCACGGCCUGCUGGACCGCGCUCUGCUGCUGCUGCCUCUGGGACAUGCUGACCUGA